AUGGACCUCUUCAAGAAGAUCACCUUGGAGGAGGUCCAAGGAGAGCCAAAGCACAGCAACUUCAGCAAUGGCCGAGAGGAGAACUUUAGCUCCGCCAAGUUUGGCAAUGGUAGCUCUGGUGGCUAUGGCUUUGGCCAUGGCGGGCACAGUAACGGACGAGGCACGGCCAACAACAGUGGACCUGGCUUCUUCAAGCAACACGAUUUCUCUUUGGGCGGCCAUCGCGACAAAGGUCCACCGAACCGAGGUCGUGGCGGAAAGGGAAGUGCCCGACCAACAGCAGGCAAAGGGCGGAACGGCAAAGGCAUGAAAGGCAUGGGCAAGGGCUUUGGAGGCAUGAUGGACGGCAUGGGUGGCGUCCCUGGCCUCGACGGUGUCAUGUCCGUCGACAUCAACGGCCGAGAGUAUUUGAUGACGCAG